GGAGACGCGGAAGUGCAAAGCUCCAGCGGCCGCGGGAGCGUGCAGACGGGACCGUCGCCGCCUGGGGGACAUGUUGUCCUGGGAGCUGGCGCGCACGCGCCUCGCGCUCCCGCUAUUGCUGCUGCUGCUUCUGCCACCCCCACCGGGCCCGGCCAGCUGCGCGGCACCCUACGACCCCACCUGGGAGUCGCUGGACGCCCGCCCACUGCCCGCCUGGUUCGACCAGGCCAAGUUCGGCAUCUUCAUCCACUGGGGCGUGUUUUCCGUGCCCAGCUUCGGUAGCGAAUGGUUCUGGUGGUACUGGCAAAAGGAAAAGAGACCAAAGUUUGUGAAAUUUAUGAAAGAUAAUUACCCUCCUGAUUUUAAAUAUGAAGAUUUUGCACCACUAUUUACAGCAAAAUUCUUUAAUGUAAAUCAGUGGGCAGAUAUUCUUCAGGCCUCUGGUGCCAAAUACGUUGUCUUGACUUCCAAACAUCAUGAAGGCUUUACUUUGUGGGGUUCAGAGUAUUCCUGGAACUGGAAUGCCAUGGAUGAGGGACCGAAGAGGGACAUUGUCAAGGAACUGGAAGUGGCCAUCAGGAACAAAACUGACUUGCAUUUUGGACUGUACUAUUCCCUUUUUGAAUGGUUUCAUCCACUCUUCCUUGAAGAUGAAUCCAGUUCCUUCCGUAAGCAAAAAUUUCCAAUUUCUAAGAUGUUGCCUGAGCUCUAUGAGUUGGUGAAAAAGUACCAGCCUGAGGUUCUGUGGUCAGAUGGAGAUGGAGGGGCACCAGAUAACUACUGGAACAGCACAAACUUCUUAGCCUGGCUGUACAAUGAAAGCCCAGUUCGGGACACAGUAGUCACCAACGAUCGCUGGGGAGCUGGCUGCAUCUGUAAGCACGGUGGCUACUAUACCUGCAGUGAUCGAUAUAACCCAGGACACCUUUUGCCACAUAAGUGGGAAAACUGUAUGACAAUAGACAAGUUUUCCUGGGGCUAUAGGAGGAAUGCUGACAUUGGAGACUAUUUUACAAUUGAAGAGUUGGUAAAGCAACUUGUGCAAACAGUUGCAUGUGGAGGAAAUCUUUUGAUGAAUAUUGGACCCACACUAGAUGGCACCAUUUCUGCAAUUUUUGAGGAGCGAUUAAGGCAAAUGGGGACCUGGCUAAAAGUCAAUGGGGAAGCCAUUUAUGAAACCCACCCGUGGCGAUCCCAGAAUGACAGUGUCACCCCAGAUGUGUGGUAUACAUCUAAACCUAAGGAAAAAUUAGUCUAUGCCAUCUUCCUUAAGUGGCCCGCCUCAGGACACCUAUUUCUUGGCCAACCCAGAGGUAUUCUGGGGGAAACAGAGGUAAAACUACUGGGACAUGGAAAGCAGCUUAACUGGAUUUCUUCAAAGCCAGAUGGCAUUAUGGUAGAACUGCCACAGCUAAGCUUUCCUCAGAUGCCCUGCAAUUGGGGCUGGGCUCUUGCUCUAACUAACGUGACCUAAUGUGCAGCAGAGAGACCCAUGCUGCAGUUAGCUCUAACACUAGGAAAUGAUAGGUGUCUGUGAUUAUACUAUGUGGAGAAAGCAAAUAUAAAAUUUUAUCCCAUCUGAUUCAAAUGUAUGAUAUGUCAAGGUCAUUGUACUGUCAUGUGUAACUAAUUAAAACAAAUAAAAAAAUCAAAUAAUUAGAAAACACA